CACAGAGUAAGGGGCAGAUACAGCAUUAAAACUCAGAUAUAUUUCACUGUGUAGUUAAUUCUCUGCCCUCUAUUCUAUAUUGUUUCUAGUGUUAUCCCUUCAUUUUACUUAGGAGAGAACAAAUAUAUGGUUUACCUAAUGCCACUUAUGAAUUAACAACUGAAUUGGACUGACCCGUAUUUAAAUUUCUUCACAGUACAGAGGUGUUAUCAGUUUCAAUGAGUUUUAUGAAGGCAUUCACCUCACUUGGCCAUUCUUUGAUCUUCCAGGACUAAAGAGCCAUGACAAUGAGGAACCACACUCCAAUUACUGAGUUCCUCCUGAUGGGAAUCCCUCAUACAGAAGGGAUGGAAAAUGUGCUCUUGGUCUUAUUCCUGGGCUUGUACCUUCUCACUCUGCUUGGGAACCUGCUCAUUCUUCUGGCCAUCCUAGCUUCCUCUAACCUCCACACCCCCAUGUAUUUCUUUCUGGGAAACCUGUCAGUGUUUGACAUAUUUUUCCCUUCAGUGAGUUCUCCCAAAAUGAUGCUCUGCCUAAUGGGGCACAGCCACACCAUCUCCUUCCAGGGCUGUGCAACUCAGCUCUUCUUUUACCAUUUCCUGGGCUGUACUGAGUGUUUUCUGUACACCGUGAUGGCCUAUGACCGCUUUGCAGCCAUCUGCCACCCCUUGCGAUACAUGGUCAUCAUGAGCCAUCGGGUGUGUGCCAUCUUGACUCUGGGCACCUGGAUGGGGAGCUGUGUGCAUGCCUCUGUCCUCACAUUUCUCGUCUUUAAGUUACCCUACUGUGGCCCCAAUGAGGUGGACAAUUUCUUCUGUGAUAUCCCCAUGAUGCUGUCCCUAGCCUGUGCUGACAUCUCUCUGGCUCAGACGGUGAGUUUUACCAAUGUAGGUAUUGUUGCUCUCAUGUGUUUCCUUCUUAUCCUCACUUCUUAUACUCGCAUUGUUAUCUCAGUAUUGAAAAUCAGCUCACCAGAAGGCAGGCGCAGAGCCUUCUCAACCUGCAGUGCCCACCUGACCUCUAUCCUGCUCUUCUAUGGUCCUGUGGUGCUCAUUUAUCUGCGGCCUGCUUCCAGCCCGUGGCUGGAUACUGUGGUUCAGGUGUUGAAUAAUAUUGUUACCCCUUCCCUUAAUCCUUUGAUUUACACCUUGAGAAACAAGGCUGUGAAGUUGGCUCUGAGAAAAGUGCUAAUCCCAGGGGGAAGUGUUUGUUGA